GCGAUCUAUUCCUUCGGACUGCAGACGCUCACAGAUGAGACAAGGACUGCGAGGAAUCGCUUCAAAGUGGAGUUCAAAUCUGAAAAUGCGGGUUACGGGCACUUCAAGUUCAGAUUAAUAGCUUUAGACCGGGAUUUGGAACUGAGUUGCAAUAUAGAAAGAACAACAAUGUCCACCUCAUCGACAACUACCAUCACCACACCAACACCAACAACCCCGGACAAAGGCACCACUAGCGUUGCAUCGACGACGGAGGAAGGUAUGUCACUUGGGAACCUUUCAACCGCAAAAGGGACAGUGGUGUCUUCUAUACCUACCGAAUCCAUUGCAGUUGGUGAGGGAGAGAAGGCUAAGAUCUCACCAAGCCACAGAAACCAGCAGUUGCCACGAUUAGAUCCAGCUGUACAUGUAAUCUUCUGGCCGGUCUUCGCUCCCGUCUUGGUGGUCGUCUAUGCUGUGCUCCAUCUCGUCUUUGUACCGAUCCUGGUAAAAAGGCAGCGUGAAAAGAGGCACGGGCGACAAGAGAUCGAGAUGGAGGAUGUUGGUGGACAGGUCAGCAAGCAGAAGACGAUGUGCGCGGACGUUGGACAAUAUUCUGAACCAGCAGACUUCAAAUUACGCGACAGGGAAACGGAAUCAGGUGACAGGGAGACGUUCCAUGCCUAUUCGGAACCCCAGGAUUCGAGACUGCAUUCAGUGAAAUGCGAAUCGGGAGCAGAUGGCAACACAAUGGGAAUUUUAAAAACGCCAAGAUCGGGGAGAAAUGGCGGGGAGGGAACCUACUGUGAAGUGAGACAAACGUUCUUCCUUCAACCGAAAUCGGCGGCUGGGCAGGUGAAGGGUAAUGUACAUUCGGCCACGUUCCAGGGUGAGAGCAACUCGUCCGUGGUCGAAGAAGAUGUGUACGACAAGCUCAAGUGCCCCCUUUUGUCGAAGCCGGAGACCAUGUUGAAGACGCAGACUCUGGACCAGAAAAGACUCGACACAGGGAUCAGCCCGUAUGGCACUCUCAGUGGACCCAACCCGUCUACCCCAGAGACAAGGCUAAAAAGCGAGAGCGGAGUCGGUAUCGGACGUUCUCACAGCAACUGUGACGAAGAAGUGUAUGAUAUUUUGAACCACCCUUUACUCUCAAAGCCGGUGACUAUGCUCAAGACGUCGUCUAGGGCAGAAUCGGAUUGACAGCGAAUUCACCAUGGUUAAAUCAGAUUUCACAAUCGUGAAUCACUGAUCAUUUUCGUAAGGGUUUUCUCUCCAGGGUACACAAUUAUUUCUUCAGGGUCUGACAGGUCUUCUCUAGAUGUGCCAUCCAAUGACACAAUGGGCCUGGCUGCUAGAAGCAUUAAAAAGUUAAUAUUUCUAAAAAUUCUGAAAAUUACACAAUAUCGCUAUUUAUCGAAAUAUGACAGAAUAUUGCAAAAUGUGCGAGAAGCAGAAGCAUAAUAUUAAAAGAAUUUAUCGCCACCGUGGCCAACCCCAAUCACAAUCGGGGGCCUUUGAUACCAACACAAGCCACUUCACAAAGGCUGUGUAGACGACUUUGGGCGGGAGGCAUACCCUCGUCCAUUUCCCACCGUCUCCCGGGCUUGCGGAUAAGAAAGAAAGGGUCAGCCAAACGAAUCACCUAUUUAACGCGUUCGAUUUCGAGCGGAUCUCGGGCCUAUAGAAGCGCAUGCCCAGUAUGAAUCGCGCCCGAACGCCUUGCGCCAAGCCCCAUUCAAAAGCAAACAGGGACUAACAACGCAUUUGAGGGCUUCUUUCCAAAAUUACACUGUAGACAGAUUGAUCAAAUCAAGUAUUUUUAUGUAUAUAUUGAUGUCUUUUUGGUGGCACGUUCUGCAUGAGAGAAAGGACUUUGGGAGGAUUCACCUGUCUUCUUUGACUGUGGUCCCAAAGUACUCGAGUUGUACUUAAAGAGUUGUCCGGUAGAUAUUGGGUACUGCCAGUCUCGUGAGAUCUGAUAACCAGCUGGCAGAGGUUGGUUGUUCCAUUGUCCGUCAUUUCCAUGGUACAACCAAAUCAGUGGGCUUUUGUCCGAGGAAUGAAGUGUUCCAAAUACAGUUGGAAUUACCUGUAGCCUAAGUGAUUCCGAUGGUUAUUCCAUCCUUUCGUGGGAACUCAGCUAUGAUACCAUUGAUCCAGGUUAGGACUGGGACCUUGCUCUCAUGACUUGUGUUGACUUAUGUUUUUGAGUAUUAUAGUACAUGUAUGAUGCAGAAUAGAAAGAACCAAGACUUGAACUUUGACCUCGCAUUUAUAAUAAUGAGGGGGCAAUGAAACCACCAACUUUUAGUGCAGCUAGUUCGGGGCAUCGAUCUGCUCGGUCGCCCUGUUAAUAAGACUUCAAGCUGGCUGAGGACGUUUCAGGAACUAAUCCCUGCGCUACAUUCUUACCCAUUGAUCCAUCAGAAGAUCAUUAUGCCUCUUUUCUUUAGGCUGGAAUAGGAGCCUUGUCUUAACUUCCUGUACGUCUUAGGUUCGAC